AUGAAAACGAAAGAUUCAUUCAUUCAAUAUGAUAUCACUAUGAAAACGAAAAAUAUUCAUUUUCUUGAUGCACAAAUUCAUCAUUGGAAUAAACAAAUACUUCAAACCGAAGUUUAUCAUGAUUGGAAAUAUGAACCUUAUAUAAUGCCAAUCAUGUAUGAUGCAUGCUCAUUUUCACCAGCGAAUCUUAUUCAAAUAGCUUUUAUACGUGCCGUUCUAUGUUGUUCACAAGUGGAAGAUUUUGAACAUGAACAACAAUAUAUAGAAUAUUCAUAUUUAUUUAAUCGAUUUUCAUUUGAUUAUAUUUGUCAAAGUCUUGAAGAUUUUUUUGUUUAUUUUAAAGUAUUAGAUAUAACCAUGUAUUAUGAUCAAGCUACUUACGAUGAACCUUGUCAACAUAUUCGACAAUAUGAUCAAGAAACAAUAAAAAAACAAAUGAAAUCUCGUGAAGAAGCACAAAAACAAUGUAUUUCGUAUAUCUAUUCCACUUUAAAAGAGGUUGAUUUAGUUCGUGCACGACAAAAUCCACAACAAUUUUUACCAUCAUACUUAUGUAAUGAUCAAGAUUUACAAGGAAUCAAAAUUGAAAUUAUUCGUUUGCCAGACUAUCCAUGGGAUACAUGUUAA